UUCGCUGCACUUUCUUCCCAAAUCCCAAACCCCGCCGCCGCCGCCGCCCGCAGCGAGGCAUCCCGGCGAAUGGCCUCCCGCCUCCUCCGCUGCUCUGACUCCACUUUAGGCCUAUUCAGGAGUUUUACACAUGCCAGGGACUACAGCACUCAACUUUCAGCUCUUAUUCCAAUUGGUUCCCAGGACUCAAAGCUGACAAGAAUCCCGAGUUCACACAUUGAGCUCAUCGCAGGUUGGUGUAGCAACCAUACUACCAGAAAUUUAUCUGCACAUGCAAGUAAUAGAGUUUUCAAUGAUCGAGGGUAUCAACAAGGGGAGUUGAAACCAAGUCUCGUGAAGGACGAUGAUGUAAUCAUCAAGCGCAUACAAAAUAGUACAGAGGAAUUGAAACAAGGGCCAGUUGGAAAAAAUCUAUCAUCAACAGAAAAAAGAAAAUUUCUUGUCAACACUCUGCUUGACCUCGAGGAUUCAAAAGAAGUUGUUUACAGCACCCUCAAUGCUUGGGUUGCCUUUGAGCAGGAGUUUCCUCUGGUCUCGAUAAAGCAAGCACUGGUAGUUCUUGAAAAGGAGGAACAGUGGCACAGAAUUGUCCAGGUGAUAAAAUGGAUGUUGAGCAAAGGACAAGGGAAAACUAUCAGAACAUAUGAGCAAUUAGUGUGUGCGCUUGAGAAGGACAAUAGAGCUGAGGAAGCUUACAGAAUCUGGGAAGACAAAAUAGCACAUGAUCUGCAAUCAGUUCCAUGGCGCUUUUGCCGUCUUAUGUUGGGUAUUUACUACAGAAAUAAUAGGCUAGAUAGGCUUGUUAAGCUCUUCAAAAAUCUUGAAGCAUGUGGUCGGAAACCUCCAAGCAAAGAUAUUGUACGGAAAGUUGAAGAUGCAUAUGAAAUGCUUGGUCUAAUAGAGGAGAAAAAGGAACUGCUUGAAAAAUACAAGGAGUUGUACAACAAGCCACCGAGUAAUGGUAGAAAGAAAGGCAGGCGAGCCGUCCAAAAAAGCUGAGAACACCACCAAAUCUAGCUAGACAUGUGGCGUCUGCACCUCUAAAAUUAUGGCAGCGAGCGUCAAGGAAAGCAAAUGAAGAACAUCUGAAUAUCUGCCAGUACAGUAAACUUGCCGUUGAGAUAGAGAUCUGAUUGUCAGAUUAGAACAUCUGUAUGGUAGUGCAGUUGUUAGAAUUUUAACCUGUGGUCAUUUUUUAUAGAAGUGCCGCUCAAGCAUUGUUAUCAAAGUUUCAUUCUUAACCAAUCUGUAAGAAGCAAUCCGUAUGCAAGAGAUGGAUGUCGUGCAUGCAUAGAGAUUGUUGAGACCGAAUUGUAUUUGUCAAAGAUUGGGAAGAUUAGAGUAUGCAAUGGUAGUACAGUUGUUGGAA